AUGAGCACAUCCGCCAGCGGUCCAGAACACGAGUUCGUUAGUAAAUUCUUGACAUUAGCCACUUUAUCUGAACCGAAGUUACCAAAAAGCUACAUCAAGCCUUUAAAGGAUGUUACUAAUCUAGGCGUUCCGUUGCCUACUUUGAAAUACAAAUAUAAACAGAACCAUGCCAAAAAGUUAAAACUGCAACAAGAUCAGCAAGUUCAAGAGAACGCCGCCGUCCACUUGACCUUGAAGAAAAUUCAGGCCCCCAAGUUCUCUAUCGAGCAUGAUUUCAGCCCUUCAGAUACCAUCUUACAAAUAAAACAGCACUUGAUGAACGAGGAAAAGGCCUCCCGUUUAAGCGAGAUCAAACUGCUUUUGAAGGGCAAAGUCCUGCACGAUAAUCUGUUCUUGUCGGACUUAAAGAUCACCUCUGCCAAUUCCACGAUUACAGUGAUGAUUAAGCCGAAUCCGACUAUAUCUAAGGAAUCCGAAGCCGCAAAACCUACUAGCUCUCCUGCCCCUACUUCCGCCACUCCACAGGAACUCGUUGUUCCCUGGGACGAAAUCGAAACUUUACUGAAGGACAAUUUCAAGAACGAUCAGUCUGCGGUCAAACAGAUCAUGGACCGUCUGCAAAAAGGCUGGUCUCUGGCCAAAUAA